AUGACAGGUGCAUACCCUCGUGGCUUUGGUACCGCGAGAAUCGGGGUGAGAAAGCGUAGCCGGAGAGCUAACUUGAACCGUCGAUCUCCACCGUCGAUUCGCUUGAAACCGCUCGUUGACCCAUGUGGUAAAAUAAUGGAUUGUGUAUAAUAAAUAUCCAAAUUCUAUAGAAGAUAUUAUUUAUUUUAAAGUUUCAUUAUGUUUUAUAAAUUUACGUCAUUAAUAAAUAUAGUGAAAUUGCAUCUCAUUGGACACAAUUUUUUUCCAUAAUUAUCUCAAUACACUAAAUCUCACAAUUUAGUAUCUAUGUUGAUAGACACAUAACUUGUCACAUCAUGUGUAUUUACCUAAUUUUCAACUCAUAUUAUUGAUAUAAUUUAUUUUGUAUAGUGUGUAUAAUUUUCCCUUCAACGGAAUCUUUUCCUUCUUUUCAAAUUUGGAUUUUAAAGCUUUCACUUUGUCACUAAUUAAAGUCAACUAUUCGGUGAAGUUUGUCUCAAGCUUUUCCAUAUGUAUUUCUCUUUCUUCAGAGUAAAUAGUAUGUCACCAACCAUAAAAAUAUAUCAAAAAUAGCGGUUAUUGAAAGAGUGGCUGAUGACUUGGCUACAUAUAUGUGACAUAUUAAUUGAUCUGAAGCAUUUUUACUAUCCUAACUUUUUGGAGAUCAAAUAAAAUUUCAAAUAUGCUAUAUUUGUUUACUUGGAAGAAUAUGAUUUCAAAUUUAGUGCUUGUGAACAAAUUUAGUGCACAGAUUGUUAUUUGUUUCAUCUUUCAAUGAUCUAUAUUUUUCAUAUUUGAUAGGACAACCUAAAAUGACUAUAAUCAUUAAAACAACAUUAAUUUGUUUCUUCAUAUGAUCGAACAACAUAAAUAUUAACUAAAUUUUUAUAUUUUAACUUUCAUCAACUUUCAGUAAAGCUUUAAAGUUAUUAUAUUUUUGGUUUUCAUUCGUUAAUUUAUUAAUUAAUCUAUUUAAUAAACCAAUCGUUAAUCAUUCAACUAAUAUAUUUUACCAUGAUUAAACGCCACUAAGCUCAACAAUAUGGAAACUUAGUUGUUUUCACUGAUUAAUAGAUUUACUUAUAAUUUCAAACAUUUGUGUAUCCGCUAAAUUUUGACAUUAUUAAUGUUGUCAUUUUUAUAAAGACACUUUUACAACUAAUUUUGAUAAAAUACAUAUAUAGACAAAAUUUUGCGAUAUUGUAUAUCUGAUAUGGAAAAUAUUAUGCUAUUGAGUAGAAAAUUGGUGUGUUUGUAAUUAUAUUAUUGUGCAUAGAAGUUGACAUAUAAGUUAUUACAUAUUUCAAAUAUGUGUAUUUACAUAAAAUAAUAUUAUUCAUGUUAUAUUUAUAAAUCAUCUCUUUGUGAAAAUGAAUAUGGUAAUGAUAUAUACAAAUUUUGAAAAUUACUUUUGAAACAAAGUUUUUGAAGGAUUUGGUAAAAGACAUAGUUACAAUGUUAAAUUAAAUCCGUGAGUUUAAUUUCUUAUUGGUUUUGUUUCAUUGAUUUGAGUGUUUCAUUUUAUUUUCGUUUUGUUUUAUUAGAGUAAGUAUAUCUUGAUGUUGAAAUUCGCAUAACGUAAUAAUUAUUGCAAUACUAUGAAAAUGCCACAUCUACUUGAUUACGUGUAGUCAAUAUUGAAAUAGAGCUCUGUCAACCCAGUUCAUCAAUUAAGUAUGAGAUUAUUGUCUUUAAAUAGCGGGAUGCUAUUUUCUUCGGUUUAAGGUUUUUCUUUUCUAAACCAAAAGUUUUAUCCAACACAGAGUUGUCGGUGUUAAUAACAUACCGGUUUAGUUCAACACAAAUAAUUUUUCUACUAUAUAAAGUGGUUACGGCGACGCGCUAAUAUACUGGUUUCAAAGCCCUCAAAACACAAUCUAUGUAACAUAAUUCCACUACUAAACCAAAAAAGACGGUUCGACCGGAUUAACCAGUUCGCUUUAUUACUUUUUGUGAUUAACUGUAAAUAUCAUAUAUGUAUUGAUGAAAAGAGGAUUUACAAUGGUAGCAAUAUCCUAAAACAGAAGAGUCUCUCUGGCAAAAACAUUGAAAACAGAGGUACAAAAAAAACAAAAGAUUUCCAACGCUUUAGAUUUACUUAAUCCUGAGGGCCAGUAGCUAAAAAGGACGUCCACUGAUGUUGAUUCUUGUCCAAAAAACCUAUUGUUUCUCUCACCCCAUAUUGCAUAAACUAUUGCUUGAGCAACACACAUGCGCAAUGGACUCCAGAGAUUGUUUCCAAAGUUUAAUAGCCAAGCCAAAAAGAUCAGUGCUCCUCCAGAGAUCCUUGGAGAAGACGCAAUGGAUGAUCAGAUGGUCCCUUGUUUCCUAGUCUGUGCUGUGUCACAAAGACAGCAGGAUGUAGGAAUUAAUAGUCCCCAAAAGGCGAGCCUUGUUCUAGUGUGUAACCUGUUAAGAUUGGUUGUCAACAUAGUAAAGGCAUGCUUUGGGAUACAACCCUUAAACCAUAUUGCUGGAGCCCAUGGUUUCAUAUCUUCCCUUUUCGGUGCAAUAGAGAAAGACCCAAAUAUCUCGAUCAUAACAUCUUUGUUGACCUCUUUCUGUGGUCUUUGUAGAUGACAUACUUCAUCGAAACAAAGUUCAGUAAAGCAACGAUUAACAUAAAAAAAAGAUUUAACCAACAGGCUUUGGGCUAGUGGAAUUUGAGGGAUGAUCCCAAUACGGUGAACUUACAGUUUAAUCCCUGUCGGACACCAGAUAAUUUAACAUUGCAUUCCUGGGAUCCACAGAAUAAUCGGUUAACCUCGAUCGCCAGACACUAUGGUUAAUUCAAAAAAAAACAUAAAAAAUAUUACCAUCCAAUUGUACCUCAACUUAAUCUUGAGAGCCUGUUGUUGAAUAUCCAACCUUUUGACACCACCUCAUCUCUUGCUAGGCCAGUGCCCAGUGGUGUAAUACCACCGUAUACCUAUAUUUCUACCUCUGCUUCAAACUUCUUGUUUUGAUCACCCAAACAUACCAAUGGAGUUUUAUUUUUUGUUCUAUUAUUAUUCCAGGAUGCAGAGGUCGCUUCUUGUUGGCGCAACCUCCAAUCAAGAGAUUUUGUACCCCUCACACAUCUAAGGAUGCCAAUUUCUAACUUCAAGCUAUUUGAUGCAAGGCAUAUAUCUCUGCCGGCCAUGAAACUUGACAUUUUCCUGGUUUAAACCCGGUGGGAGAAUAUGAAGAAGCUAAUAGUGCAUAUCAACUCCUGUGAACAACUAACCUAACUAUUACUUGAUUAAGAAGCAAGAGACAUUGAUGCAAAAGAAGUUAAGAUCCACGACUCAUUUUCUAGAAAAAAGGCAAUCACCCGUAAUAAACAAAAGAAUAUUUUCCUCUAAAAACUUCAAAAUAGGAGGUUUUAUUUGCAAAAUCUAUAAAAUGUUACACGUUUUUUUUAACUAGUAUUUAUUAAUUAGAUUAAUACGUUUCGUCAAGGAAUUGGUAUCGCCUAUAUUUAGGUUUAAGAAAUAAAAAUAUUUGGGUUAAGAGAUUGAAACAGUGAGAGGCGGACUAGUUGAAAGUAGCCAUGAAAAGGGUCAAGAGGUCUAAGAAACGAGACGAAAGGAACGAUGUAAACGAUCCGUUUAUCAUGAUUCCUAUGGAACUCAAACUAGAGAUUCUCAUGAAACUGCCGCCGAGAUCCAUAGCCAGGCUCCGUUUCGCUUCUAAACACUUGUCCUCGAUCAUCCUCGGCAAAGACUUCACCGAGUUGUGCAUGACUCGAUCUUCCACUCAACCGCGUCGUCAUCUUGUCUCAGUGCACCGUGGCAGCGACAUGCAGCUCUUUCACUCCUUCUCUCAGGAGGAGCACCCUUCGUCUAACUCUAAUGAUCAUGACAAGGUUAGUUACACACUGGAUCCGGAUGUACGGUAUUUAUUUACUCCACCUGUUCGCGGCCUGAUCUGCGGUCGAAAAGGUAUCAAGAUGGUCAUUGGAAACCCUAGUACGGGCCAGUUCGUAACGUUACCUAGAAUCAAAACGAGGAAAAAAGAGAUUUUAUCUGUUUUUGGAUAUGAUCCGGUUAACGAUGUAUACAAAGUGUUGUGCCUGACGGUGAUAACUCAACGUGGUAAUAUAGCUCGUGGUAUUAUAUCCCGUGAUUACUUUUUGGAGGAUGUUAUGGCGUGGGAAGCUAUUGUAUCCAAGGAGCAUCAAGUUAUCACCUUAGGAGCUAAAAAUAAAUGGAGAAUGAUCGAGUGUAAGUAUCCACAUCGUCAUUAUGCUGGAAACCAUGGGAUAUGCAGGGACGGUGUUCUGUAUUACUUAGCUUCUUACAAACAAAAACGAUCGCUAAUGGGCUUUGAUCUGAGUACUGAAGAGUUUAAUGUUACUAAGCUACCCGACGAUUAUGAGCUACAAGAGUUUGGUAAUCUGGUGAAUCACAGUGGAAAGAUAACCAUAGCGACCCAGGUAAAUACCGGCGCAAUUGACCUAUGGGUUCAGGAUGAUGUCAACAAAGAAGUAUGGUCAAAAACUGCUUCUGUGGUUCCUUCUGUGGCUCAUAUAUGUGGGGCAAAUCAACGUUUAAUGUUCAGGGGUAUACUUCCUACUGGCGAGAUCAUAUUCGCACCGCUCCCAUCUCCUAACCCAUUCUUUUUUCUUUGCUACGAUCCCAAGGAAAAAAAGGUUAGACAAGUUGUGGUUGAUGGAAUUGGAGAUGACUCUGCUGCAAUCCAAGUUUUUUUCGAUCAUGUUGAGAGUUAUAUGGUUCUGUGAAAGGUAUGUUGAUCCCUCGAUGAUGCACGAACCUUCUUGUUUUUUCUUACUACUGGAAUUGUGACAUUUGAUCCACCAAUUUAUCCAGUCUUUUCAUCAGUGACGUUGUAUUUAUGCUUGUGGAUUAUAUAUGCAAGUAUGAGUUGAUUAUGCCCUUUUUGAAAAAAAAAGUAUGAGUUGAUUAAAGUUUUGGUUUUUCUUUCGCGGAGCUAACAAGAUUCGGUUUUUUUUUUAAAUUUAUAUUUUGAGUGAAAAAUAGUUUGUUUUGGCUAUACCAAAAUCUUCAUCAUCCUUUUUGUUUCAUUGAGUUUUAUAACUUGAUCAAGUUUGAGUAUACAUUUCAUUAUUUUUUUGUUUGAAUACACACAUGGAGUCACAAAUUUUCAUCUAUUACCUAAUUUAUAAAAUUGAGUUAUCCCAGCAGAAUACUUGAUAUGGGAUCACAAGAAAAUAUUAGUUAGGUAACAACUUUAUUAUUUAUCGAUCAUAUAAUCCCUUUUCAAUUCAUACUGAAUAAAGGAUAUGUACUAGUAAUUGUCAAUGAAACCUUCAAAAUUAUCCCAUGAAACUUGCUUUGAUGCAUUCGAGAUUUGCUUUAAUUCGCUGUGGCUUUUUCUUAGAGGUUUUUCUAUAUCUUUCGAUUAUGUUGUAUUGUAUUUUGCUGUUUCAGUUUGGUUAAACUCCAUUCUUAUUUGAAACCCGGAUGAUUACGAAGUAAUGGAAGUUGUGUUUCAAAAAGAUUGCUCUCGUGAACGAUCUUAUUCCACCUUCCAACGAACAAAAGCUCAUGAACAAAAAAGAACUGAAACCACAUAUGCCUUUUCCUACGAUGAUUAUCCCAAUUUCCCAACAAAAGUAGCUCGUUAGCUAAAAAGAUGAAAACCAGCACCGUUUUCAUCAUUGUUUUAUGAUCGAAUACAGUCACGUAUUUUGAUCAGACCAAAGUUCUCCUUCAAUCAAAAAAGCCCAACAAGACCAUGAGCUGGAGAUAAGCCACCUUUUACGAUCCUUCUUUCACAUCAUCAUGUCUCCACAUUUGUUGAAGAACGAUAGUUCAAAUUCUUCGAACAUGCUAAUUAAUUGCAAGCGAAACAAACGAACCGGACGCUUAUUCGAGGCGAUUAAAAUCGAAACGUUUAGACUUGAUCCUUUGACGGGUACAUAGACAUCUCUCUCUCUCAUCUCACGCUGAAUUAACAUCGUCAUCAGCUUCAUGUAAAUCCUCUAGAAAUUGAUUCAAUUAAGUGUUGUACUUCUCAGUUUUUGCUGAAGCCUUUAGAAAAUCCUCUCAUAAAUUUGAUACAAUUAAAUGUUUUAUGAAAAAUUCAGCUAGAGCAUCAAAUAUGCUAGCUUUGUUUCCACAAAGUGUAGAAGCUUGGGAAAUUGAGGUCUAUUGUUCUUGAAAAAAUACCCAAAAAUUGUAUUUUUAAUCCAUCUUUAAGUGAUCUACUAGAUUUUGACCCGCGCUUUGAAAGCGCGGGAUUUGUUUUCAAAAUGCGGAGAUUUGUUUUUGUUAACAUAUCAAAACAUAUAUACUGCGGUUGUAUUUUAUAGGAAACAAAAUUGUAAGAUUCCCAAUACCCGGGUUAUAUUUCGAGAUACAUGAUUGAGAAAAUUGUUCUUAUUUUUUACUUAGUACAACAUAUCAUAGGCAUGGGCACUCGGGUCCUUGGAUCGGGUUUGGACCGGGUCUUGUCGGUUCGGAUCCUUCGGGUUUUGGAAAUCUAGAUCCUUAUAGAUAUCUAUAAUUUUUUGAGUCGGUUACGGGUCGAGUCUUGUCGGAUCCGGAUCAGUUCGGAUCUACAAUUCUAAUACCCGUAAAAUACCUACAGUUUUUGAGUAUAUUUCGGAUUUGGGUUGGUUCAGAUAUUUAGGAACCGAAAUACCCGGACUGGACCCGACAACUCGAAAUAUACCGAAAACUCUAAAAAUAUCCAAAGAACCGCAAAAAUACAUGAAAAUUUAUCCAAAAUCAGACCCGAAAACCCAAAAGAUACCCAAAAUUUUAACUAAGUACCCGAAUUAUAUUUUUUGAAAAUCUAAUUUUACCCGAAAAAUAAAAUUAUGCCCAAAAACCGAAUCUGAAACUUUAAGGAAUAUCCAAAAUAUAAAAAUAUACCCAAUCACUUAAAUAUAUCUGAUACACACAAUAAUAUUUGGGUACUUGGGUAGCCGAUCGAGUCUCGGAUAGGACCCGUACACGAACCGAGAUCCGCAGUUAUAAGAAAAAAGAUCCAACAUAUACUUUAACAUGAAUCCGGACCCAGACCCGAACCUGUAUUUUUGGAUCGGUUCUGAUUCAGAUCUUUCAAUCCGAGUAAAAUGUCCAUACCUAACAAAUCCAUCUAAUUCAACAGUAUAGAUUUUAUAUUGUUAAAUAAAACACAAAGAUAAAUUAUGAUUUUUUUUAUGUUUCAAAUUUUAAAUUAUGCAUAAAUAUAAUCGUACACAUAUAAUAUUUAUGUUUAAGUGUAACUUAGAAACACAAUAUGAUUAUUAUUCUUUUGCUAGAUAUAGGAUAACAUAUUUUUAUCUUAGCCAUUAAAUUUUAAAAAAUAAAUUGUAAUGUUAUUUGUAGUAAUAGAUACAGUAUAACCUCUUUAAUAUUAAUACUCUAUAAAUUAAUAUACACUAAAAAUUUCUAUAAAAUAAUAUAAUUUUAUAGUCCCAAGUUGAGUUUUUGGUUCAAUUAGUAUAUCGAUAAAUUAAUAUCUCUAUAAAUUAAUAUCUCUAUAAAUUAAUAAAAAAAAUUAUAGUUUUGGUGUAGUUCAACAUUAUCAAUUUAUAGAGGUUUCAUUGUACUUUAUAAUAAUGUUUAUAAUUUUCAAUUAAAUUUUUAAUUACUUAUAUAAUUUAGAUUGGACUUUUUAAUGGGCCAAACCAAAAAUUUAUUAUAAUUUUGAAUACAAAUUAUCAAGAUGGGUUGUAUUUUGAAUACAAAAUGUUUAGCAAAGCCAGAAUUUUCAAAAUAGGCUCAAGCCCAGUCCAUGGUUUUGUUAUUUUCCAAUAGAGUCCAAGUAUUUUUUGUCAUGUUUCAGACAAAAUCUAGGUUUCUAAACAAAAAUAAACUCAAAUGGCGACUGAAGCAGAAGAAUCGGGUAUUCCACAAUUUGACUAAGCAUCAUUUCCAAGGUUUGCUCUUUUCCUGUAUUUUCAUUAUCGUUGAUAGAUAGUUGAACUCCAUGAUUCUACUAACCAAUUUAUUUUUUUGUUUUUAAUUUCUUUUGCAUGUACUGUCCCAUGGCUUAAAUGGAAUAGAUCCGAUGAAUUUGAAGCCAAUCUGAGGCAUUCAUAGAAAGAUUUUGGUGAGGUCAUUCAAUUAGGUAUUCAAUGAGAAAGUCUCCAAAGGUGUUCGACAAAAGAAAACAAAAAAUAUUCUCUCUCACCUGUCGGUUCCUUUGUCGCAAAGAGAAGAAGAUGGCUAUCUCCGACAGAAGGACUUAAUCCAAUCCUUAAUGGUAUUACAAAAUGUUGUCAUCCACGCUGGUGCACAACAAACAAUCAUUUUAAGAUAAGUGUUCGGAUGAAUACCAUCAUACUAUUUAAUAUCCAUUCAUUGUUAGGAAAACAAAUAAGGAGAUUAGGAUAAUACCAUCUUAUGAUUUUUUUUAAAGAUUAUAUACGUAAGGAAAACAAAUAAGGAGAUUAGGAUAAUACUGUGAUGGCAUGAAACUGUAUCUAACGUAAAUCAGGUAAUAGAUUUCUACACAUUUCGUAUUCGUACGGACCCAAAUAAUUAUACACUAAUUUGUUUAAAUAAAAAUAUUUUUUUUAUUUUAGCAUUGAUCCCCCAACGAUUUCAAAUUGUUCUUCCUGCAAGUAGCAUGAAUUUUGAUCCACUGAAAGAUAUUUUAGAGAAUAACACAUUAUUCACGAUCUCAGUAAAACAACUCGUAAACUAAAAACUUAAAAAUGUCGCAGUAUUUACCUUUUUGUCUGCAAAUAUGAUCUCUAAAGUCUUUGCUCAAAAAAAAAAAGAUCUCUAAAGUCUCACUAAACCCAACAUUGGAUGGUUUCCAGGUAUGCAUGAUUUUGGCUUCAAUAAACCAAGUUGUUUUCAUGGCCUAAUCUCAUCAAGAAUCCAAUAUUCGAGAGGGAAACCUUCAAACUUUAAUCGUUGAAGCUUCAGUGUCGAUGGAACAUCAUUAUCAAUAUACAAAGAUUUGGUAAAUGUACUGUGUAAGAAAUGAAAAUCAGUGUGUUAUAGCAAUUGAGUUUUUUAAAUUAUGUUCCAUCGUUUAAUAUGUAGAUGAAGCAUCGUCUAUUUUUUUCCAUUUAACAACGUUUACUAACU